ACGAAAACUCGGCAGAUGUCUUGUUCGUCGACAUCCGUGUCAAGGGGCGUGUAAGGUAGUUACCCGUCCUUGUGAUUGACUCGCGCGAUAACCUUCUGGGCAGGAGCUUUUUCGACAUAUUCUCCUGCGUGCUGGACCUGAAUGAGGAGCAGCUGAUCAUCGGGCGCAUGAACAAAUGCCUCACUUACACGACCAUAGAGAGAGUCGUGACCAUCAACGGCAAGGAAAUCGAGGUCAGCGUGGACACGGGAUCCAACUUCUUCUUGGCAGGAAGCCUGGAGGCCGCGCAGGAACUCGAUCUGGCCCUCGAGGACAUUUCUCACUUGAACAUCGAGUACCGAGGAAUCAACAAGGACAGUGUCCUUCAGUAUCAGGCCAAGGAAGUGUGCCUUAAGGCCUUCGGGAGAGAGACGUACGGCGACUUCGAAUUGCGUCCGUCUGAGCUCGAGAUCUCGGGCUUGACCAUGGGGCUCUUGGCGCUGCAUGGCCUCGUCCUGCGCUUUGGCGGACACGGAUAGUUCGACAUAUCGCUGCCGGAGGUCCACUCCGAAUGAGCGUAGGCCUUGAAAGAAAGCUCCCGAGAGAGCGCAGAGCUGCGGCCUCGCGAGCAGGAUUCGGACAGCACUUCGAGCCAAGGAGGCGUCCCCGAGGCCCCUCGCGCGCAAGUCCUCGAGGAAAAGUGGCAAGACGGGCGCCUUUAGAGCGAGCAGGACAACUCUCCGAGGCGAGGCGACGCCGCCGAGGCCCCCCGGCCGUGAGGACGCAGCCAAGGUGCCCCCACGCAGCAGAGCCUCCGGAUCCGAGAGGACGGCGGCCCGCGACCGCGCCGCCGCAGCUUCAUCAGGAUUGGCCUUUCUGGUUCGACUGAGUUCGAUCAACUUUGACGUGGUUUGCAUUGCAUGUCUGUAUAUGCGUAA